AUUCACCACUUUACGUGUUGCCAAUCUACGUAUCGUAAUACUUUCACACCCGACAAUGUCCGACAUCGUCGGAUGAGUUGAUUUGUGCUAUAAAUAAUCGUUUUUCGUUACAUAUGUGUGGUAUUUAAUGUCAAAGCGACAUACGUAGGACAGAAUAUUAUCUCACGUGGAAUUCGUUGAAAUGUCAUUCUUUAGAAAUACCUGAGCGCGUUAGCAUCAUGGCGAGUGUCAUCGAGGAAGGAAAGGAGUCCCUGCCCGCAAAUGACAAAGGAUAUGCGGCUCCAAGGACGUCGAUAUCCUACGAGGAGAUGGCUACGAAACUGCUCAAUGAGAAACUCCUUUUGACAGCUCUAGAAAUGCACGCCGAAUUAUGCGAGGCUGGCAAGGAGCUGCCUGUCCUCAGAGAAUUCUUUUCAAACCCGAACAACUUUGAGAGCUCUAAUAUCAAGCCAGAACCAUACACUCCGAUGCCCAGAUCUUCUAGUCAGGCUACCUUGGAUUCAUUGGAUAUGACUCGAUACUCGGAAGAUGGAGCUGGAGUUGAUGAGCGAGUGGCUAUUCUGGAAUUUGAGUUGCGUAAAGCCAGAGAAAAUAUUUCUGCACUACGUGCCAAUUUAACUGUAGUAACAGAAUUGGAAGGUACACUGAAGACGCCGGACAAGAACUCCGAAAAACUAAUCACUGAACUGCCCAUAAAACCGCACGAGCAGCGAGCAUUGAAUUUCCUUAUCAACGAAUAUCUGUUGGCAAGAUUGUAUAAGCUCACUUCGAUUACGUUUAGCGAUGAAUGCGAGGAGCAAGAUUUCGAGGACUGGCAGGACGUCGGGUUAAAUAUUCCCAAACCUACGGAAUUAUUGCAGAUAUAUCGGGAAUACAUGAGAACCAACGGAUACGACAAGCCUCCAUCUACAAGCGUUGCUGUGCAAACGGACUUCGUAGUCGAGGAUGGCAAAGAGCGAAAAGCUGAAUCUCUGGAAAUGGUAGAACAGAUUGAAAGAUUGCAGCAGCAAAUUGCAAUGCUAGAGCAAGAAAAAACCGCUCUCCAGGAAGUUAAUUCCUCAAAUAAAGAGAAUGUUAUGGAAAAUCCAGUAAAGUCAGGUAGCUGUGGAACUAUCCGUACCAUCAAUUCUAACUCUACGACGCCUGACAAGUUCGAAUUGCUUGAACCAUUACCAAGGGAUACAUCGACCACUACUCAAGAACCGGAGGAAGACGAUAGCGUCUCCGCGAUAGUUAGUUUGGACGAAACGGAUCCAGGAGAUAAAGAAUGGACCAGGCUGCAGUUACCCAGAGUAAAUAUUACAGAGAAAUCCUCUGUUCUAUCAACCGCAUCUUCCAGAGAUUUACCGGCUAAAUUCAAAUCGGAAAUAGCGGUACACUGCACGGCGAAUGUUUCGGAAUCAUUAAUAUCCUCUGUAGAAGAAUCAUUGAAGCAUGGAGUCACUCGGGAUACACUAAUUGAUAUUUUAACAUACACUCUGCCGCGUAUAAUACCCAACAUUAUUCUUAAUAAACGGGAAGAAAUCAUUCCUCUAAUCCUUGGUGCAAUCCAUCUCCAUUCGAAUUCCGGCGAGAGGGAGAAGUUGUUGCAGUUGCUGUUCAACUUAAAGAAGAGGCCACAAGAGGACGAGCGGCAAAUGAUACUGGCCGGCUUAAUCGUAAUGGCGAAACUCGCAGAAGAGCCGCAAGAAACAGAAGAAAUCCUAACAAUUUGUUGGGAGCAGAGUCAACACAAAUAUCCAGAGAGAAGAUUAUUAGCUGUUGAAUGUUGCUCUGUGUUAGCGUCCUAUACAUCUGCUUCUAUCAGAAAUUCGCUAAUGCUGUCGAUGUUGCAGCAGAUGUUAUUGGAAGACAAAGAUCCUAUUGUACGAACUAGUGUAGUGAAAAGCCUCGCACUACUCAUAAUUUUGAUGGACGAUUCUGAUAAAUAUUUUCAGUGUGAGGAACUAGUAUUAACAGCGCUCCACGACACAUCGUCGAUGGUCGUUGACACAGCGUUGUCGGUACUGUUACCGGUUUUGGCACAAUGGGCAUUAUCUCUGAGGAGACUGCAUAUGAAUUUGUUACCGCGCAUAAUCUCAAAAGUUAAAAACCAGUUAAAGUUGGUACAUUCCCAGACUUCGCCGAAUAAAGAUUACGUCGACGAAGAGAAGUUGGUGCCAUCGAUCAGUAUUCUACAGUGCAUCUUACCUUACACGGUCUUGUGCGUUGCCAAUACCGACGAGGUACGAGUUUGCAUCAAGGAUAACAUGUCAUCAGACUUGUCCGAGGAAUUUCUGGCGUUGUGUCACUCCAAUAUCAUUGAUCCAAGGACAUUCUAUGAGGAUUCUGUUGACGUCGGCGUUCUUCUCAACACUUUCUUCUCCAAAUCUUGGGAGGACGAAUCCUGGCCAGAAUUGGAGUGGUUUACGAACAAAUUACUAUAUGAUAUCUUGGAUAUGGUGAAGUCUAUAGAUGCAGCUCAGGAAAAUGUUUUAAAAAUUCUUCUUACAUACAUUCAUUCAUUGUGUAUAGGAUUUGGGAAAUAUAUCACACAAUCAAGGAUACAAGCAGUAUUUUCUAAGGAAGUAUCAGAACUUGAGAAGGAAUUGACAGCACUAUCAGCGGAUAAGAAAAAUAUGAGCUUUGCGUUGAUACCAAGUUAUUUGGUGAUUCUGAGUACUCUUGAUUGCACGGAGCUCGCACACUGUUUCAAACAAUUUCUUGUAGUUUUAUCUAUGAGCGGCACCAGCAUAUCUUGGCUGCAAAUCACCGCCAGUAUAUUAUGCGCUCGUGAACAAACACAAGAAUAUGUGCUUGCUAGUUUAUGGGAUGGUGUAAUGCAUCAGAGAUCAUCUGUGAGGUGUGCAACAGCAACAUUAUUUGGUUCCAUUAUCGCCCACAUCUCGGACCGAUUAGUGAACACUAAGAUCGUACCGGCCAUUGCAACACUUGCCAGCGAUCCUGAAGUUAGUGUGCGUUGCGCUGCAAUCUCUACACUAGGCCGUAUAAUAAUGGAGUGCAAAGUGAGGGAAGCACGCGAUAAAGCACGUUUAACAUUGGAAACAAUUGCGAAGAAUCCUCAAGAGCUUUCUCAAAUUUUGGCGACUUCAUUAGUAUCCACGUUUGCAGUCAUCGCUCCCACUUGCCCACAGACAUAUAUAGAAGACAUAAUAGCGACGCACUUGUCGACAAUCGCUUCGUUCGCACUUCAACAGAGCCGUAAGAUCGAAUUAGUAAAUGCACUGGUAGAGGCGUACUCUGUGCUGGUUUAUUGCCCGUUAAGUAGUCAAUGCGUCUCUGGAAUAGUGCUACCAGGGCUAAGGCAUCUCGAAACGCUGGUAAAUCAGUGUCUGCCUCAACAAAAAGACGCAGUGCGUUCCUUACUUAGAGAAGCAGAGUCCAGGCAAGAUUUACCGAAGUCGAUAGAUAGGACACUUUCGACGAGUUCCGGUCUUUCCCUGUCCAUUGCAACGGUGAAUGUUGGCCAAGGUGUCGAAGACAUGCGCCAAAGGAUGAGCAAGAUCUUUCAACCGAAAAUCGGAUCACCCGGUAUGCCGAGUAUCUUCCGCAAGAAAUAAACUUGUCUUACAGCAAAGAAUCGUAAGAGCAGAGCAUCAACAUCGGUGAAACUCACGAGAGUAUUAAUAAGGUUGUUGUUAGACAUAUAUGUACAAUAUUGUUUCAACGAAUGUUAACUUAUUUUUUUAUUGCGCUAGUUUUGUAAAUGACGUGUAAAAUAUUUUGUUUAAAUAUUAAUAUAAUCCAAGGAUGCCGAAGGCAAAGAGUG